GUCCGGGUUGUACGGUUCAAGUCGCCGUUCGAUGCUGUUCGGUUGAUUUCUAAUCCUCGAGGCGCAAGAGACAAAAACAUACCUGAGUGGCUCGAAGGAAGCAUUCACACCUGCAACCGUUGAACCUCGAAACUACCGCUCAUCCGCUACCUGCAGAUACGUUUAACAAUGGUUACAGACAAUGACCCUGCCCAAACCGGAGCAACAGCGACGGCUCCGGUAGAUGGCACCGCAACAGAGCCCCCCAAGAAGUUGCCCAAGGGUGUUGUUCUGGGCAAGGACGGAAAGCCUUGCCGUUCUUGCACCUCCUUCGGUGCCUGGGCGUCCCAGGCCAAGGCCACCCUAAAGACCAACCCCGAUGCCUCCUCGACCGCGCCUUCUUCUACGAUUGCGUCGGCAGCUACAUCGUCAACCACAACCCUACCGCAGAGGAGAACAGACUGCCCGGCCGACGUUGAGACUCUCGGGCGGAGCACCUGGACUCUUCUCCACUCGAUCGCCGCAACCUACCCUCCCGCUCCGACUCCAACCGAAAAAAACGAUCUGAAGUCCUUCAUGGGCUUGUUCGCAAAGCUGUACCCUUGCUGGGUAUGCGCCGAAGAUUUCCAACAAUAUAUCAAGAAAGAAGAACCGAAAACGGGUAGCAGGGACGAGUUCGGAAAUUGGCUUUGUGAGGCGCACAACGAAGUCAACAGGAAGUUGGGCAAGCCAACGUUUGACUGCUCCAAGUGGCAGGAGAGGUGGAGGACUGGGUGGAAGGAUGGAAGCUGUGAUUAAUCCCCGACAGCAUCCACAGGGACCCGAGAAAUCUCAGCCCUGUGAGGGAGUGUUGUACACAACAAACAUUUGGCUCUUAGAUGGCGGUGGCGAUGGUGUUUUUGCAUACGCA